GAUUUGUAGCAAAAAAGCGUUAAUAUUAGUUUUAUUCAAAUGCACGGUAGGAGUCGUGCAGAGAAUGCACGAGACGGCGGCAGUGAACACUUUCUGGAAGGGGCACAUGUUCACACAGCGUCAAACGACCGACAUGCGCAGUCUACAAAUUCAUGGGCGCGUCUUCGGAAGUCCUCGCCCAACUUCGGAUGUCGAACACUGUCGGUGCUAGCAGCGCCGCGGAGUGACUCUACAGUAUGGAAAUAAGACUCGAAGUUUAGUGUUACUUAAAGCAUCGUAACUUAACAGGACUUAACAUCUCAAAUGCAAUUUAUAAUUUCAUCAGUCUGUUAUCAAUAUGGAGAAGGUUUCCACACAAAGAGCAGGCCUAAACUGUGUUUUAAUAAUAUUUACUACGACCAUGACUGGGGUUCAACUCCAGGAAGAAUUCUGGGUUCCCGAAUCAAAAAUAGUGUUUUCACCACCUCUCUUAUUCCCUCGUUACAGAAUUUCACAGCGUGAUUAUAAUAACUUUAUCAAACCCGCCGGUCAUUAUCAGGACGGAGUUAAUUUCAACUACAAUGAAACAGGUGAACGUAGUGAUUCGGACGAAGGCAGAACUCGUGUGCUGUUAAAUGAACGUGAAGAACACAGUAAGAAUAAAUACGAUAGAAUAAAUCUAUUUAACAAUACCACGUGGCAUACAGAAUUGGGUAAAAGUCAAGUGGAAUAUCAUGAAAGUGAUUCUGGUUUAGAUAUAUAUGGACACAGAUUAAAAGAACCAUAUAAGGUAGAGGACCCAAACGAUAAUGAUUCGAGGAAGGUGGGUAAGUACGUAAGUUAUUCCGAUACACAGACGUCAGGGUUCGAAGUAAAUGACCCAAAUGUUAGGACCGCACAUACAUUUCUGGCCAAACAUAAUAAUGAACACGAAGAUGAUCUCUCGAGAGAUGAGGACCGUCAGCUGCGACGACAAAAAGGUGAUUCCACAACAAAACAAAGCAGUGAUCGCGACAGAAACAGAGUGAGACAACAAAUACGCACAGACAAACCGGACGGCAGUUUACAAAACAUUAAUGAUUUUGAAAGAAACCAUUUCAGUGACCCUGACACAAGAAGGGGUCAAGUUCGUGGUGCAUAUGACUUCGGGACACAUCACUUUAGUGACGUCACACGGCAGAGUGGUUUUGGCACAGAAGAUAAACAGGAUUCCGGAAGAAACCGGAAUAAUUUCACUGGAUGGCACAGCGAUUCUGACGGGAAAGGCGAAGAGGGCGGUCUCUUCACCGAAGACAAUGACACCGGGGGCGGCGGACGUCGUCGACCUCCGGGAGAAAAUGAAGACGCUGGAAAUGUACAGCGUUCGCACGAUUUAAUAUGGAGUCCGUCUGAAACGAUCACGGAAGACGUCAAACACGACAGCAUAAAUUUGGAAACUACUUUUGACUCAGAAGGGUACUAUUUUGGUGAAAUAAACAAGAAUGGUUCAACCGCGGGGAAUCAUAGACCGGGACAGGACGAAUUUAGUGUUCAGAGAAACCGUUUCGGGGACAUUUCUGGAAGUGAUCAUCACGUGUCGGAAUUCAAUGAAGAGCGUGAAACAGAUUCAAACAGAAACCGGUUCAGUGACACGUCAUGGCCAAGUGACUACGCCUCGGGUGGGGAGAAGCAGCACGUGUCAACAUACGAUGCAGCGGGCGGUGGUGAACCGGCCGAGAGCCAGCACAAUGGCGAGGUCAUGCCAUUUCAUCAUGGAGGACACCCGCUACGGACUGGGACAAGGGUUGCAACAGGGCCGCCAACAGCUGUUACCAGCUACACACUACCCAAUGGCACUAAAGUUGUGAGACUCAGAAGAAUAGUCCUCUACAGGAAACCGCACUCGUCAACACAGGAAGAGAGUCCAAGGACCUUCGCAGACAUUGCCAAGAGCAUUGUCCGGAAAAAGGUGGCUAAAUUUCUGAGCCUCUUCACAAUUGUCCAGUUCCCCAAUGAGCCAUGCCAGACAGGUGACGGAGUAAAUGGGACAUGCUACCAUCAUCUGCAGUGCAGGAGUCUUGGAGGAGUGGCUGGUGGAUCAUGUGCACAAGGAUAUGGUGUAUGCUGUUACUUCGAGAAGUCAUGUGGAGAAGUGACACGCCAAAACUGCAGUUACUUUGUGAACCCUGGGUUUCCAUCACCUGUAACUAACAUGCUUGCCUGCAUUCUUACUAUUGAGAAGGCUCAUUCAGAUGUCUCACAGAUACGUCUCGACUUCUUCACGUUCGAGUUGCUCGGCCCAACAAAUGGAACUUGCGUAGAUGACCAGUUCAUUGUGACGGGGCAGAACACCAACAGCAUCGCACCUAUCAUCUGUGGCAUCAACACGGGGCAACACAUUUACAUGGAUGUGGGUGGUACUACUGGACCAAUCCAACUGAAUAUGUUGACAAUGGGAGGCAACCUUCCCCGGAGCUUCAGGAUAAAAGUGACACAGAUCAAGAAAGGAAGUCCUCUUGAAGCCCCCCAAAACUGUUUCCAGUACCACACAGGAAUUAAAGGUUCAAUUGAGUCCUUCAAUUACCAGAUGUUGGGAGGAAGCAAUCAGGCUGUCAGAUCUGGUUAUAUGUACAACCUGAACUAUGCAAUUUGCAUUCACAAGGAACCUGGCUACUGCAGUGUAACCUACACAAAUACAGCUCCAGAUGGGGCAGCAUAUCCUUUCGAGCUCAGCAACGUCGAUCAAGAUGGACAGCCACUUAUCUCGCCAGGUCAAGCGGGGGCAGAGGUGUACAACUGUCCUGAUGAUUAUAUUGUAAUUAAUGGGAUGCGGUUAUGUGGUGAGAGGCUAAAUGAUGCAUCAGUGCAAAUUGACUUCACAAGGAAUUACCCAGUGAUUGUCGCAACAAGCUCAGAAACCACAAGCCCUCAGCCACACUCCAGGCCUGCAAGUCAAACCACAGAGUCAUGUUUGGUGGAGUUGCGGCCCACUGGAUCACGCUCUACCACACCACGGAGAAGCCUGAACGAGAGUAGUAAUGAGACCCUCCGGCAGUACCCUGCUGGUGCCAGUCAGGAGCUGCCGGGCUCUGCUACCCGAGCCAUCACACCCAAUACAAGCCCAAACCCCAUGCGCCGAUUCUCCAGGACAGGAAUCUACCCCGUGCUGGGAGCAGGCCUUGCGAUACGAGAAGCAUUUGGUCCACGAAUAACAAUGCUAGACACCAAUUAUGAAAGAGCUCCAGAGUCUGAUACUCCGUCUCCAGAUGGAGAACAGUACAAUGUCAGAAAUGUCAGCACAGUCAAGGAGAUUCCUACAUUUGAAGAUUCGAUGGGUGGGCUAGCAGGGUCAUUCUCCGCUGAGCAACAUGGUGCUCUUCCAGACACAGAAACCCUAUUAUUCAGGGAUGGAAAACGGCGCAUUGACAUGGUGCUGGUGUAUGAAGAAGAGGACUAUGGUGUAAUGACAUUAGCAGAGGUCACUAGGAGGGAGAUGCGGAGGGUGUUUCAGGAGAAUCUUGUAAAGGAAGGAUUAGAACUGGAACUUGAGGAAAAGCAUAUGGCAUUUGACCAAGAAAAGUUUUUUCUGAAAGUGCAUGUUCCUUGGAAAGCCCUGACACGGUAUGCUGAGGUCAUGAACAUGAAGAUGCCAAUCAAGUGUUUUGUCAGGACGAGUGACGGACCAAGAGCAGUAUUCAAGGAAGUGGAGGGAGGCCUGCAAAAUAAGAGGGGUGGCUUGCUGCCCUACAAGUUAAUGAAGAUCUUUGAGUAUGAUCACACUAGGAUAGCCAAGGAGCCUUCAUUCUACACAGCAACAUACAGACAGGAUAAAGAAGAGCAAUUUAUCAUCAAAGAUCGUGAAACAUUCUUCACAGCUGCCCAAAGGAGUCAGGUGGUGUGGCAAAUCAUGAUGAGGGCCAAAUACGAUGACAGUGAGAAGGUUGGCAUCAGACGACUACUCAACAGUGGUACGUACCUUGCUGCUUUCCCCCUUCAUGAAGGAAGCUACAGCAGGGAUAGACGAAAUGGCACCAACUUGGACAGACGGUUACUCUACACUGAAUGGGCUCGUCCCAGCAAAUGGUACAAGAAGCAGCCACUGUGGCUUGUCAAAAAGUACUUUGGUGAGAAGAUAGGUCUCUAUUUUGGCUGGCUUGGCUUCUAUACAAAAAUGCUCAUCCCAGCAUCUGUUGUUGGCCUAUUAUGCUUCUUCUAUGGUCUCCUGUCCAUGAACUCCAGUGACAAUAUUCCAAGUAUGGAGAUAUGUGAUCCUAGCGUUGGUGGAAAUAUCACAAUGUGUCCCCUGUGCGACAAAGUGUGUGACUACCAAAAGCUCAACUCUUCUUGUGUCUUCGCCCAGAUUACGUACCUGUUUGACAACCCUGCAACUGUCUUCUUUGCCAUAUUCAUGUCCUUUUGGGCAACAAUGUUUCUGGAGCUGUGGAAAAGACAGCAAGCAGUUAUCGUGUGGGAGUGGGACUUACAAAAUGUUGAAGAUGAUGAGGAACCUCGACCUGAGUUUGAAACAUCAGUAAAAACUUUUCGCACCAAUCCUGUUACGAUGGAGAAAGAACCAUAUCUUCCUACAUGGAGCAAAGCAUGGAGGUUUCUGGCAACCAGUUCAGCUGUCUUGUUCAUGGUGUUCGUUGUUCUGGGAGCUGUUCUGGGGACAAUAAUAUAUCGCAUAUCUGUGGUGACCGUCAUCUAUGGCAGUGGAGAGCAAUUCCUGAAAACGCAUGCUAAGAUCUUCACAUCCAUCACAGCUGCUGUCAUCAACUUGGUGCUCAUCAUGAUUCUCACAAAGUUAUACCAGCGACUGGCCCUGUGGCUCACUAACUUGGAAAACCCACGGACACAAACAGAAUAUGAGGAUAGCUAUACAUUCAAGAUAUUUGUUUUCCAAUUUGUAAAUUUCUACUCUUCACUCAUUUACAUUGCAUUCUUUAAGGGCAGAUUUUUUGUUCAUCCUGGAGAUGCAAGUGCUAGAAAUUCAGCAUUCACAAGGCUCAAGAUAGAUGUUUGUGAUCCUGCUGGGUGUCUAUCAGAACUGUGCAUACAGCUGUCCAUCAUAAUGGUUGGAAAGCAGCUGCUUAAUAACUUCCUGGAGAUUCUCUAUCCGAAAAUGUACAACUGGUGGAGCAAACGUGUUCAUCGUUCCAACACCAAGAACCUUGAGCGAAAGUACACACGUUGGGAGGAAGACUUUCAACUCCAAGACCCAGGAAGACUUGCACUCUUUGAAGAGUAUCUUGAAAUGGUUCUUCAAUAUGGCUUUGUUACCCUCUUUGUUGCUGCUUUUCCACUAGCACCAUUAUUCGCACUUCUAAACAACAUUGGAGAGAUACGAUUAGACGCAUAUAAAAUGGUGACACAAGCUCGGAGGCCUCUCGCUGAGAGGGUUCAGGACAUUGGUGCGUGGUACGGAAUACUACAAGGUGUUACCUAUGCUUCAGUAGUAUCAAAUGCAUUUGUUAUUGCAUACACCAGCGAUUUCAUCCCUCGAAUGGUAUACAAAUAUGUGUACUCUCCCACAGAGAACCUAGUAGGGUACAUUGACUCAUCACUGUCAGAAUUCAAUACAUCUGACUACAGACAAGACAUGGUAGCAGAUACGGAUGCAGAGGAUCCCUCAACAUGCCAGUACAGAGGUUAUCGCAACCCUCCAAACCAUGAAAAGAAAUACGACUUGUCUCCACAGUACUGGCAUGUGUUUGCUGCACGUCUCGCUUUUGUUGUAGUGUUUGAGCACAUCGUUUUUGCGCUC